AAUGUCACCUAGGGUUUUUGCCAUUUCAGUCGCGGAGCUCCAAGAGUAACAGAGGUGGUGAGAAGAUGCCGGCAGGUCAUGGGCAGAGAGCGAGGACUAGGGAUCUGUUCUCCAGGCCCUUCAGGAAGAAGGGGUAUGUGCCACUGACGACGUACCUGAGGACCUAUAAGAUAGGGGAGCACGUCGACGUCAAAGUUAAUGGAGCCAUCCACAAGGGCAUGCCUCACAAGUUCUAUCACGGCCGCACUGGACGCGUCUGGAAUGUCACAAAGCGUGCAAUUGGUGUUGAAGUUAACAAGCAGGUGGGUAACAGGAUUAUCAGGAAGAGGAUCCACGUCCGAGUGGAGCAUGUGCAGCCUUCAAGGUGUACCGAGGAAUUCAAACUAAGGAAACAGAAGAAUGAUCAGCUGAAAGCAGAGGCAAAGGCAAGAGGUGAGGUGAUUAGCACAAAGAGGCAGCCAGAGGGUCCAAAACCUGGGUUUAUGGUGGAGGGUGCGAUGCUGGAAACUGUUACUCCCAUUCCUUAUGAUGUUGUUAAUGAUCUCAAGGGUGGUUAUUAGAUGCAAUGCUGCUGCAUGCCCGGCCCUUACAAGGUCACAGUGACAGGGCUCACAGGUUACUCUGCCUUCCCGAUACACUGCAAACAAGAGUAGAACUCAUCAUAACAAUAUCUUGCUAUUGGGCUGGGGUUGUGGGAGGCAGGCUAGUGUGAAGAUUGUUAGAUUCAAACAAAAUUUGUUUGGCAUUGCCAGCAAGCCUUAAUUUCAAGACGGCCACUCAAAUAUGAAAUUCCGAAUUUACCCCUGCCGGUAGUUAUAUUUACGAAA